CCCUUAAUUGCCAUAUCGAUUAAGAAAAGAUUAUGCAUAUAGAGGAAGCCCCCUUAUUUAAACAAAAGAAGACUAUAAUUCUAAGCAAGUAAGAAUAUUGUAGCUAGCUAUCACCCUCUUGUGCCACAUGGGUGCUUCCUCUAUAUUUUCUGCAGCAUUGAUAUUUUCUCUUUUGUGUCAAAUAGGAGGAAGGGUGGUGAGUCAAGGGACAAUAAAACAUGUAAACAGUGCUGGUUCUGGGUCUGGGUGUGACCUUUUCCUUGGGGAAUGGGUAUAUGAUAAGUCCUACCCUCUCUACAAUUCAGUAGAAUGUCCCUUCAUUUGGAAGGAAUUCGAUUGCCAAAAGAAUGGUCGACCAGACAAUGAGUAUCUCAACUACAGAUGGCAGCCCACUUCAUGCAAAUUACCAACGUUCGAUGGGAAAAGCUUUUUGGAAAAAUUUAGAGGGAAGCGCAUUCUAUUUGUAGGGGACUCAUUGAGCAUAAAUCAAUGGCAGUCCCUCACAUGUUUACUUCAUAAAUCAGUGCCACAAGCCAAUUACACCUCAAACAGGGUUGGAGGUGUCUCCACAUUCAAGUUUCCGGCCUACGACGUUUCGAUCGUACUGUCCCGGAAUGCCUUCCUAGUAGAUAUUGUGCAUGAGAGCAGCGGACGUGUUCUAAUGCUCGACUCGAUUCAGAAUGGAAGUUAUUGGAGAACCUUUGAUGUCUUGGUCUUCAAUACCUGGCAUUGGUGGCUUCAUGCUGGAAGAAAACAGCCGUGGGAGGAAGUUCGAUAUGGCGUAAACAACGUACACCAAGACAUUGAUCGCAUGAUGGCAUAUGAGAAAGCUUUGAAGACAUGGGCUAGGUGGGUGGACUCCAGUGUGGAUCCUGGUAAAACUAAGGUCUUCUUUCAAGGUGUUUCUCCAGAUCAUAUGAGUCCAAGAGAAUGGGGCGAUGAUGCAAAAUCAGGGAACUGUUUUGGACAAAGGGCACCAGUGAUGGGGGCACAAUAUCCAGGAGGUUCACAUCCAGCACAAGUUGUUCUAGAAAACGUGCUGCGGACAAUGUCAAAGCCAGUUCAUUUGCUCAACAUAACAACUCUUUCACAACUAAGAAAAGACGGCCACCCUUCGGUCUAUGGUUUCGGCGGCCACCGGAACAUGGAUUGCACCCAUUGGUGUCUUCCCGGCGUUCCGGAUAGUUGGAAUCAAAUUCUGUUUGCAGCACUCUUCCAUAGCUAAUAUGUAUAUAUUUAUGUUGUUGCAUCCUUCCUUUUUCCUUUAGAUUAAAUAAUCAUUUUCUUUUUCUAUUAAUUACUAAUAAUGUUUUCCACUUGAAAGCUAGCUUUGGGCUGCAGUUUGUAAGUUGAAGGUUGCGUAGCCUGUAUUCGAAUUUCGAAUAUAUAGUUUCAUUUGUUUAUGUGGUAUCUUCUGUAAUUUUGUUGCCGAGAAAUUAUGGAAUAUAAUUAUCAAUAACCCGUAAAUUGCUAGUAGGCCUGAGUGGGCCAUUACUAUAUAAAAGAUGUUGGCCCAUUAU